UUCAUUAUUAGAUGAUACGGUUACCGAGCUUCUCCUCUCAAACGAACCAUACUAUACAGACUCACUCCUUUUGCCACUAAACGAGCAAUUAAACACGAAUAUUAUAUACAAUCGCAUCCUUCAAGGCCUACGAUUUCUCAUGCAAGAAGAUCCCGAGCGCAUACAAUUUCCCCUAUACAAAAACGACAAUGACAUGCUAACGAUUAACUGGGCAACCAUCCAGAAAGAGCAAGAACUGGCGGCAGGCGUUUAUAAGAUUCUUAUAAGAGGAAAGACGCAACACUACGUCUUUAAGGAAGUAGAUAGGCCCCUUUAUGAGCCUCAUGAUACCGAAGUCCUCCAACAAGAGUUCCGGAACCUGGUAUUAUUACGCAACACGAAAGGAAUUGUGCAAGUAUUUGCUGCAGUCAUAUCCUUUAAUCCAUACCAAACAGACGAAGGCAGAGGCCUUCCGGUCCUACGGGGCUUUAUCCUCGAGUACCACCAGCAUGGUUCAUUACGAGACAUACUCUGUUCCAAGUCAAAAAUGAGCUACCCAUGGCAACGUUGGGCAGUUCAGAUCGCGAUUGCGCUUGACUCGCUUCAUUGCCGCAAGUUACCGCACCUAGAUUUGAAGCCAGCAAACGUUGUUAUUAGCACAGAGUGGGAUGCUGUUUUAAUCGAUAUUAGUGGACUGGCUAUAACCCAAGAAUGGUUAUCGCCAGAGAUGCGUGACGUGUUUGCUCCUUGGGAACAGGAUGUUGAGUCACGGAUUCAAAAUGAUAUAUGGGCAUUCGGAAAGCUUUUGUCGAGAAUGGCUGAUAAUAUUGCUCACAAUGAACAAUAAACACGGCUACUAAAGCAUGUUGCUUCCCUUGCUACUGCGGAAAUUCCUCCACGUAUCUCUCUAAGAGAUGCAAUCUCCAUGCUCCAGCACUAGACGAAACUCAAUCAUUGAAUUUAUUGUCUUAUAACCAAAGACUACCUAGCGUCCAUGU